AUGGGCUCAACUCGAUUGGCCAAGGUGACGGAACUCCUCUUGGGAGAUAUCCAACAGCUGGUCCAGGAACUGGCCGGAAGUCCAGUGGGACCUCAGAUCAUGCUCUACUAUGGUCCCGACCUUUUAAGGCCUGGUGGGAUGGGCUUGGGCGAAGACUUGUCCGAUCUCUCUGGGCAGAACAUGAUGCACGCUCUCGAGGCCUUGGCGCAUUUGUAUCGAAAAGCCAGGAAGACCCUGGCGUUGGCCCGUAGCACCUCGGGUGAGAUCAUUGGUUGGGUCCGGGAGGGUGGAGACUAUCAAUACCAGUUGAAUGUGGCACCAUUGGUGACGAUCAUCAAGAAGGCUGGCAGCGACUGGAAAGGUGGUCGGCAGCUACGAGAGCGCCUUGAAAAAAUGGGUCGGAAGGCUACGGCCAGGGGUGGAGGCCAGGGGUUAUGA